GUGGGGGCACCCGGUGUCCCAAUGAAGAACCAGAAGGAAGACAUGGAGAUCGCGUCCCACUACCGGCACCUGCUGCGCGAGCUCGACGAGCAGAGGCACCACGGCGUCCUGUGUGACGUCUGUGUCGUCGUUGAGGGCAAGGUCUUCAAGGCACACAAGAACGUGCUGCUUGGGAGCAGCCGCUACUUCAAGACGCUCUACUGCCAGGUGCAGAAGACGUCCGACCAGGCCACGGUCACCCACUUGGACAUCGUCACGGCCCAGGGCUUCAAGGCCAUCAUUGACUUCAUGUACUCGGCCCACCUGGCACUGACCAGCAGGAACGUCAUCGAGGUCAUGUCUGCUGCCAGCUUUCUGCAGAUGACGGACAUCGUGCAGGCAUGCCACGACUUCAUCAAGGCAGCCCUGGACAUCAGCAUCAAGGCCGAUGCCUCGGACGAGCUCGCCGACUUCGAGAUUGGCGCGCCCUCCAGCAGCAGUGCGGACGCGCUCAUCUCCGCGGUGAUGGCCGGCAGGAGCAUCUCCCCGUGGCUGGCACGGCGCACAAGUCCCGCCAACUCCUCCGGGGACUCGGCCAUCGCCAGCUGCCAUGAAGGUGGGAGCAGCUAUGGGAAAGAGGACCAGGAGCCGAGGGCCGAUGGCCAGGACGAGGCGUCCAUGCCGCCGUUGUGGCCUGGAGACAUAGGCUACACGCCUCUGCGGGUCAAAGAGGAGCAGGUAUCGCCGCCUCAUUAUGAAGGGAGUGAGCUGCCCUUGGGCAAGGACAGUGUGCUGCAGGGCACCUUCUCCGAGCAGGGUGGUGGGGACAGCUGGCAGCCCACGGGCCGCAGGAAGAACCGGAAGAACAAGGAGACCGUCCGUCAUAUCACGCAGCAGGUGGAGGCUGACAGCCGGGCGGGCUCUCCGGUACCAUCCUUCUUGCCGACCUCGGGCUGGCCAUUCAGUAGCCGCGAUGCAAAUGCUGACCUGACCCUGACCGAAGCCGGCAGCUCAGACAGCCGUGGGGAGAGGGCCGAGCUGUUUGCACAUGCCGACGAGGGCCUGCUGGGCGGGGAGGCCAGCUACCUGGGCGCACCCCUGACCCCGGAGAAAGACGAGGCGCUGCACCAGGCGGCAGCUGUGGCCAAUCUGCGGGCGGCACUCAUGAGCAAGAACAGCCUGCUGUCCCUCAAGGCGGAUGUGCUGGGCGAGGACAGCUCCCUGCUAUUCGAGUACCUGCCCAAGGGCACGCACUCCCUCUCGCUGAACGAGUUCACGGUGAUCAGGAAGAAGUUCAAGUGCCCAUACUGCAGCUUCUCAGCCAUGCACCAGUGCAUCCUCAAGCGGCACAUGCGCUCCCACACGGGCGAGCGGCCGUACCCCUGCGAGAUCUGCGGCAAGAAGUUCACGCGGCGUGAGCACAUGAAGCGGCACACGCUGGUGCACAGCAAAGACAAGAAGUACGUGUGCAAGGUGUGCAACCGUGUGUUCAUGUCAGCGGCCAGCGUGGGCAUCAAGCACGGUUCUCGACGCCAUGGUGUGUGUGCCGACUGUGUGGGCCGUGGCGUGGCCGGACCCCUGGACCACGGUGGCGGGGGGGAGGGCUCCCCGGAAGCACUGUUCCCAGGUGACGGGCCCUAUCUGGAGGACCCCGAUGACCCCCGCGGGGAGGGCGAGGAAGAGCUGGAUGAGGACGGGGGCCUGGCCCCUGAGGACGCACUGCUUGGGGACGACAAGGAGGACGAGGACUCGCCGCCGGGGCCCCGCAGCCCCUCGGGGGAGCCUGAUGAGGACUUGGCCUGGGUCUCCUAG